CAAGGUGGCAGUAUUGGCCCAAAAUUUUGCGGAACCUUCAAAUUAUUGUCAGUACGUACACGGGACACAUUUUAGCGACGUACCAUUUUAGACAACAUCGAAACCUUUCAAGGUAAACUGAACACUUCUGAUUGUACUAGCGUGGUCAAUGCGAGUACCUGUGCUGUGACAACCAAGGGUCAGACAUGAAUGUGAACCAGGGGACAGUAGGCAGUGAUCCUGUCAUCUUGGCCACGGCUGGAUACGAUCAUACCGUCCGCUUCUGGCAGGCUCACAGUGGAAUAUGCACAAGGACAGUACAGCAUCAGGACUCUCAAGUGAACUCACUUGAAGUCACACCUGACAGGAGUAUGAUAGCAGCUGCAGGCUACCAGCACAUACGCAUGUAUGACUUGAACUCAAACAACCCCAAUCCUGUGAUUAACUAUGACGGAGUCAGCAAAAACAUCACCUCUGUGGGUUUUCAUGAAGAUGGCCGUUGGAUGUACACAGGAGGAGAAGAUUGCAUGGCCCGUAUCUGGGAUUUGAGAUCCAGAAAUUUGCAGUGCCAACGAAUAUUCCAGGUCAAUGCCCCUAUUAACUGUGUGUGCCUACACCCAAACCAGGCAGAACUUAUUGUUGGAGACCAGAGCGGUGUAAUCCAUAUAUGGGAUCUAAAAACUGACCACAAUGAACAGCUAAUUCCUGAGCCAGAAGUCUCUAUAAACUCUGUACACAUUGACCCAGAUGCUAGUUACAUGGCAGCCGUUAACAGCUCGGGAAACUGCUUUGUGUGGAACCUUGCUGGAGGCAUGGGUGAUGAGGUGACUCAACUUAUUCCAAAAACAAAGAUUCCUGCACAUAAGCGCUACUCACUUCGUUGCAAGUUUAGCCCUGAUUCCACUCUAUUGGCCACAUGUUCAGCUGACCAGACAUGUAAAAUCUGGAGGACUUCUAAUUUCUCUCUUAUGACUGAGUUAAGUAUCAAGAGCAACAACCCUGGUGAGACAUCUAGAGGCUGGAUGUGGGACUGUGCCUUCUCUGGGGAUUCCCAAUAUAUAGUGACAGCCUCUUCCGACAAUCUUGCUCGUCUGUGGUGCGUGGAGACUGGAGAGAUCAAGAGGGAAUAUAGUGGCCACCAAAAGGCAGUGGUCUGUCUGGCCUUCAACGACAGUGUGCUUGGCUGAAUAGACAGGUUAAAUAACUGUAGGGUGGACUUAAAGGCAAUAAUACUGCCAGACCAGUGCUUUACCAGGGAGUUGGGGCACAAAAGACUCUUAAAUCCCUGAAAAAAAUUUCCCUAUGGAAUAAGGACAUAACACAAUGCAUGUCAGGUCUGUGUUGAGAAAAGUGGGCUGUAUGUAGUACUUCUGCUGGUACAGUACAGGUUCUACUGUCGUCCUUCUGUAGUUGUGCUAGUACAAUACAAAAUUUCAUGUUUGCUUAUGUAAUAAUAUGUCAAAAGGACCACAUGCAACCAUAAGUUAACGCUGAUGUGUUGCAUUAAAAUGUGUGAAUUUUAAUUAAAUCACUAAGCUGUG